AUGUCGCCAAACCGCCGUCGUUCCUCUCCAGCCGCUGCGACAAACACCCUACAAAAUGGCGGCAGCGCCGUCACCCUACAACCCCCUAGGCGGCCUCUAGCACCACCUACACCGCGCGAACGCGACUGCGUGACAGAGCCAGGCGCGUUCCCGCAGCUCCCUCUAGUGCCGCUGGGCUUCACAGUACCUGGCAACUACAGUAACCACAGGCACCCUCCUAUCCCCUGCACUGAAGGCAGUUCCCUGGAGAAGGUGUCAGUGCUCAUGGGCUUGGUGAUUGCAGAGGAAAGGCAGGAGCCCAUAUUCUUGGAAUUCACAAGCCUCAUAGUGUGAUGUGUGGUAGUGGGCAUUGCCUACAUUAUCGAUUAUCACCACCAAGGUUUUUUCCGUUUUCUUUUGAAUUCCUUGAUGGAUGAAAAUUUGAAACAACAGCAGGAGUUUUCAGGCCUAGGUUGUUCCAGCUACUCACCAGAGUUUGCAAAUAGUCAUGACAAAGAUGAUCAGGCUUUAAAUUGUCAUUAGGUAGUGAAAGUGCUGUCCUCAUAUGGAAGAGCAGAUAUUGUGAAUGCUGCUUAGGACUUUUGCCCAUUAAAUGGUUUCCCUGAUCCUGGAUUAGUAUUGAAGCUUGGUCCUGUGGAUUACACAUUAUACUUUGUUCCCAAGUGAAUCGGAUUGACUAAGAUGUCUUUGUCUUCCUAUUUAGACACCAAUAAUGAGGACUUUGUCUCUGCCCUUCCUCAAUAUGUAUCCCAUGAACAGUAUCUGGGGAACUAG